AUGCCAUAUUCUUUUUUAUUGGCUUCCUGCAAGCUAUAAAACCAUUAAGUUCUCAAAGCUGUGUAGCUAUAUUCUCGAACUUCGCUUUGAGCUUUUGAGCUUCCUAAAUCUGCAACUACAACUUUUCGAUCUACAAGCCAUUUACAAGCACUUCGCAGGCUUCUCUGCACAGAAGACACAAGAACAAUUAUGCAAUCAAUGGAGCAGAUGCAGCAAAGUUCUCCUUCGCCCAGCAACGAGCUGACAAUUGCUGUGGGGAUAAAAAACGAGGUGAUAGAUCAUGAAGAAGAAGUUGAGAACACUCCUACAGCAGACUGCAAGACUGGCAAGCCUCAGGGCAAAAACAACAAGCCCAAAAGAAUCAAGAGACCUAUGAAUGCAUUUAUGGUCUGGUCCUCGGUAGAGAGAAAAAGACUUGCUGAGAGAGAGCCUAGGCUGCACAAUACUGAGCUGAGCAAACGUCUGGGCAACACUUGGAAAGCAAUGACAGAAGAUGAGAAGCUGCCGUACAGGAAAGAAGCCGAAAAACUCAAAAGCAAAUUGAUGGAGGAGCACCCUGACUAUAAGUAUCGACCAAGAAGACGAAACAAGUUCGAACUCGCACACAAGAGUGGAUUUUUCGGUAGUAUGAAAUCGGUGCCAGCUAGAAUUGUUCCCGGUCCAAGCCAGAACAUUGUAGGUGGUGGAAUUCACAUGGUGAAGGAACAACAGCGAAUGUCUGCACAGUCCAUGCUCUACAAUCAGACACAAGCUCAGGCACAAGCAAACUUUUCCAGUUUGUACAGGUAUCCCACCUCUGAAGGAGCUUCUGAUACGAGCAGCUACCCCUAUUCGUACAGAUAUCCGGCUGGUUACAUGAACCCUUAUAGCUACCCAGGCUCGUUAUACAGCAACUACUACUACUGGCCGGGUUACCAAGGUGCUGCCGCGGCUAACCAAGCUUACCACGGUGAAGCAUACACCAGGAGCGAUGGUUCAUCUCCAACUACUGGACUACCACAACAAGAUUCUGAGCUGAACUGCACUAUUGAUACCCCAACCGAUUCUGAAAAAUCAAGUUUCACACCCAUUGAGGGUAUUGUCACUCCACAACCAACAGCCACUGUUAGGCAACUCAGCUUUGACUCCACCCCUGGCUCAGCGUAUCCAGUAGCAGUUGGAACGUACAUUGAAACUCCACCAUGCUCUCCAUACAUUACAUCUCCAUCAUUGAACACUUUCACUCGCUCUAUACCGAUGACAAGAACAGAAUCUCUCGGGUCCGAACACUCAAAUAUAUCUAACAGACCACUAACUUCUCCAAGUGCCGAUGGUUUUGUGCAACCAGACAGCGUCGAGUCUGUACGUACACCAGAGAACCACUCUCCCCACAUGCCCAGCUACCCUCUGCAGCAGAACUAUCCCCAGAGCCCGGCUGAUGGUCUCCAAAGCAAUGGACCAGGAUAUGACAUUUCACCAUCACUUCCUCCCACUUACGAGCACUAUGCAGCUGGAGGCAGGUACUCAUAUGCUGGGGCACAACACUCACCCACUGCAGAUGAAGUUUCCGGCUAUUCCUAUUAUGCUGCGCCGUCAACAGCAGUUGGUAACAAUUCUACUGCCACCACUCUAUCUCAUUUCAAUGACUCUCCAAGCUCAAGACAAAGUUACAGCACGGCCAUAAUGCACCCCGGAGAGGGUCACCCUUCUUACAUUGAUGCAGUUAAGAAAGAGACUGUGUUGACUAUGCCACCAAAUGCCCGAAUGGGAUCGACCAGCCCUGUCGAGGUUGGGUAUGCUCCAACACGCUAUGCUUCGAUGCCCACAGCUGACCUUUCCCCACACGGCCAACAGGACAAUGCUGGUGGUGUGUACUAUUACUAACUUUAUCGGGAGAUCUCAAGGGACUCUCAACUCUGUCAAAUAUGGGCACAUGUAGUAACUGACUCUAUUGGUUUUCACUACAAUAGUAGGUCUAAUGACACAGGUAUUUUUUAUGUUGAUAGUCUUGUUACCCCAAAUGUUUGUAUUCCCCACUUAAUGUCCUUCAAAGAAUCAUUUUUGUUUAAUUAUUUUCUGUUGUUAAGUGUGUGCAAUCACCAGCUGUAUUAUAUUUUUAUGAGAAUCACUUAUUAAACGUUUGUAACUUUUUGUGUUUUAUACAAAAGAAACUUAUAAUUGUUGAAAACUACACAG